GCCACGCGCCGCCCGGCCCCCGCGCGCGCGGCUCCGGCACGGGGAGGGAGCCCCGGUGCGGCCGGGCGGGCGAUGCGGCGCUGACCCGCGCGCCAUGGCGAAGCCCCCGGCGGCGGCGGCGGCGACGGCGACGGCCACGGCCACGGCCGAGGACUUGAGCCAGGUGCCCGACGAGGAGCUCCUGCGCUGGAGCAAGGAGGAGCUGGCGCGGCGGCUGCGGCGCGCCGAGGGCGAGAAGGUGGGCCUGAUGCUGGAGCACGGCGGCCUGAUGCGCGACGUGAACCGGCGGCUGCAGCAGCACCUGCUGGAGAUCCGCGGCCUCAAGGACGUGAACCAGCGGCUGCAGGACGACAACCAGGAGCUGCGCGAGCUCUGCUGCUUUCUGGACGACGACCGGCAGAAGGGGCGCAAGCUGGCGCGCGAGUGGCAGCGCUUCGGGCGCCACGCGGCGGGGGCCGUGUGGCACGAGGUGGCCCGCUCGCAGCAGAAGCUGCGGGAGCUCGAGGCGCGCCAGGAGGCCCUGCUGCGGGAGAACCUGGAGCUCAAGGAGCUGGUGGUGCUGCUGGACGAGGAGCGCGCGGCGCUGGCCGGGGGCGCGGGGGGCGGCGCGGGGAGCGGCGUGGGCGGCGGCGGCGGCGCGGGCUCCCGCAGCUCCAUCGACAGCCAGGCCAGCCUGAGCGGGCCGCUGGCGGGGGGCGCGCCCGGCGCGGGGGCCCGCGACGUGGGCGACGGCAGCAGCACGUCGAGCGCCGGCAGCGGCGGCAGCCCUGACCACCACCACCAUCACCACCACCACCAUCACCACCAUGUGCCGCCGCCCCCGGGGCCGCCCAAGCCCCCCGACGGCAAGGCCGUGGCCACGCGGAGGUCCCUGGACGACCUGUCGGCCCCCGCGCACCACCGCAGCAACUCGAACGGCCUCCACGAACCCUCCUACAUGCGGCCGCUGGAGCCCAGAGGGAAGGUGCUGGAUGGUGAGAAGCUCCUGACGCAGAAUGCCCCCGGAGAGUACCGUGCGCUGCGUAAAGGCUUUUCCCUGUGCCGCUCAGAGUCCCAGCUCGCCGCCCUGCCACUCUCCUACCCAGAUCCUCUGCAAAACGGCCCGGCCUACGGGGUCCCCGAGCUGCCCUCACCCCCCUCGGCUGGCCGGAAACCUGAGGCUGUGGUGAAUGCCAUGAAGGUGCUGGAGGUUCACGAGAACCUGGACCGGCAGCUCGGGGCCAGCUGCGAGGAGGACUUGAGUGAGAAGGAGAAGGCCAUCGUUCGCGAGAUGUGCAAUGUGGUCUGGCGGAAGCUUGGGGAUGCCGCCAGCUCCAAGCCCUCCAUCCGGCAGCACCUGUCUGGAAACCAGUUCAAGGGCCCUCUGUAGUCCUGGGGCGGACGUGCAGGCCUGGGGGGCCUGGCAGGAGCGCCCCUUCUUCUGUGACUUGUACAUAGGACAGACGCAGGCCCAGCUCUCAUGCUUUGGGGCCUUCACACAGGGCCCCUGCUGUGACGAAGGAGCACAGAGGAGCAGCACUUGGGCCCACCCAGCCUGUUUCCCCAAAUUGCAGCUUGUCCUGUCCUUUGGGGCUCCUCCUGCCCAGUGCUGGGGUGUCUGUCCCUGUGGGGGUCCCGGCCUGGCUGACAGCUCUGCCUUCAUGUGCUGUGUGACCGUCAGCCUUCAAUGCAGCCACUCUGGGCUCCCAGUCCAGGACUCAGCCCUUGUCACAGGCUGGGACCUCAAGCUUUAUUUAGGCUGGGGGUGGGGGUUUCUGAGCCCAGGCUGAUUUCUGCCACCUGGGCACUGUGGGCUGAGAUCUCUUGCAAAGAAGACCCGCAAAGAAACCCUGCAUA